AUGAAGCUGCUUGGCGCGUCUCUCACGCUCUGCACCCUCCUGACCCUGAGCCGAACCUUCCCGUUCAACUCCACCUCCGUCUCCAGACACACGGGCCUCUGCGAGUUCUUGAGCCAGCAGAGCCCCGGCGCCACCACGCUGUUCGUCCCGCAGUGCGACGUCCACGGUAACUUCCUCCCGCAGCAGUGCCCAGGGUCGACCGGGUACUGCUGGUGUGUCGACAUCAUCACCGGAGAGGAGAUCCCGCACACGAGGACGCCACCGGGGACCGUACCUGUUCGCUGUGACGGGGAUUUCUACUGCCCCUACGGCUGGUCCCGCUUUGGAAAACGCUGUUUCAUCUUCAUCAACAGCCCAAGGUCAUGGGUUGAAGCUGAGGCUUACUGUCUGUUUGAAGGGGCAAACCUGGCGUCGAUCCACAGUUAUGAGGAGAGUCACUUCAUCCAGUCUUUGACCAGAGGAUACACCUACGACUUCCCCGAAGCCUGGAUCGGUGGCCACGAUGCCGUACAUCUCGGUUUUUGGAUGUGGAGCGACGGUUCCAAGUUUAACUUUGACAACUGGUACAAGGAGUACGAAAUGGCGAGAAGUAAACACUGUCUGAAGACUAAUUAUGGAUUUUGA